ACCGUGUGUGUUUAUUGGCUGUUGGGAAAAGCGCUCGCAUGUGGCUCCUGUCAAGGGUUUAUACUAUUAAAACUCCCCAAACUCCUCCAUCCUCCCUGACACUUGUUGCUGCUGUGCGCGCACCACCGGGGAGAGGACACCUGAAUCGCUUCAGCAUUUCUUUUUAGGAUUUCCCGCGGGGAGUGAUGAACUCCAUCGAUCCUCAGUCCCAUCACCAGCACCACCACAUCCCUACCGUCGGUUCUCUCCCACCCAAAGGCGCCCAGGAGGCCCCGGAUAUGGCGGCUGCUGUCUACUGCGACAACUUCAGCAGCAUGUACCACCAGCCGAGCCUCCAAGGUGCGCAAAGGCCCGGUGGCUACGGCCUCGGGGACUACGCGUCGUCUCCAAAUCCCUACCUGUGGCUCAACGGGCCGAGCGUCAACUCGUCCGCUUCAUACCUGCACGGCAACAACCCGUCGUUCAUCCCGCCCUCCUACGGCUCGCAGCGGCAGUUCAUAACAAACUCACCUGGAUUCGGCGGGCCCGACCUGGGCUGGCUGUCCAUCGCCAGCCAGGAGGAGCUGCUGAAGUUGGUCCGUCCGCCCUACUCCUACUCGGCGCUCAUCGCCAUGGCCAUCCAGAAUGCGCACGAGAAGAAGCUGACCCUGAGUCAGAUUUACCAGUACGUGGCUGACAAUUUCCCCUUCUAUAAGAAGAGCAAAGCGGGCUGGCAGAACUCUAUCCGUCACAACCUGUCUCUCAACGACUGUUUCAAAAAAGUGCCGAGGGACGAGGACGAUCCAGGAAAGGGAAACUACUGGACGUUGGAUCCAAACUGUGAGAAGAUGUUUGACAACGGAAAUUUCCGCAGGAAAAGGAAAAGACGAUCGGAUCAGAGCAGCGCAGGAGGAGCAGCAGCAGCAGCAGCGGUGGGCACCACAAAGGUUGAGGAUGGUAGGCCGACAGCGGCCGCCCCACUGAAACCCUCAGACAGUCCUCAGCUCCUGGGGCCUUCCUCCCCAGAGAUGGAAGUGAUGAGCGAAAACCACAAAACUUCCGCAUCUGCGUCCCCACCUGGACUGGCCUCCUCUGCUCCAUGUUUUAAUAACUUUUAUAGCAAUAUGUCCACGAUCAGCUCGGGGGCCCCCAGCCGACAGGGGUCCCUUGGACUGGUGAACGAGCUCUCGAACAGGAACAUAACCGCCCUGAGCCCGUACCACCCCAACCACAGCGGGCAGGACACGGGGCCAUCAGAGCACAGCGAGAGCUUGCAUUUUAACCGUGGAGUGUACUACAACACGUUUGGCGGCGGGCAGAGCGGACAGUUCAACAGUCACUUCUAUAACAGUUUCAGUGUCAACAGCUUGAUCUAUCCCAGGGAAGGCACUGAGCUAUAGGACCUGCUUUAACCACAGCGUCACACUGUUGCAGGGACUUAUUUUUGCUCUAUGACUCAAACGCAUGCUUGCAUGCAUUUAUUUCUGCAGCGAGAUCUAAGUACAGGCUGGGUUGCACUCCGCCACAUAAAAAAACACAACACUUCCUUCACCGAUCAACAGGCCAGACAGAUUAAAGAACAUGAAAUAUUUUUUAAGUUAAUUUAACUUUUAACAUUCAAACGGUGGAAACGUCAGCCUGAAAGUGUAACAAAAAUGAAGCACUUAUCUUUUUUCUUCUUUUUCAUGACUAUAUCAAAGCUCUCAGUGGUUUUUGAAAAAAAGGCUGCCACUGAAAACUGCAAAAAAAAUGGUAUUUUAUUUUUUUUGAAUAUGUUACUUUUGCUUUUUAGAUAAAACUGCGGAAGAUGUAAACAUGAA